UGUUCAUGCAGGUUUAAUUGAAGGUGAAUCAAGCUUUGCAGGCAGACAGAUUCUUUGGAGCUCCCGUACAACAAAUUCAACUGCACAACCAGAAUCAACUCUCCUGCCAAAAAACCAUGAAGAUGCAACUUUUCAUCACAUUCUGUCUGCUGGGGGUCUUGUCGGCACAGGAAGUGACAGAGUUAACUUCCUGUGUAACCAAAGAGAAAAAUCUGAGAAUGGACUGUAAGUACACUCUCCCAGAUGCAUCCAAAACACCGAGCUGCCAGUACAAUCAAGACGACCAGGUGAUGGGCAGCACAGACCCCGCAACCACACCUGAAUCAACCUUCAAGAAGCGAGUCAAUAUAACCUUGUUGGAUGACAAUGUGUGUCGCCUCAUCUUGAAGGGGUUUUCUCAAGACAAGCCCCAAAACAAUACCUGCAUUAUCAAAGAGGCCACAUCUGCAAAUAAGACUCUGUCUGUGGAUGGCAAAACACUUAUGACCUGCUCCGCCAUCAGCAUGCUGUUCCAGACCAGCAAAAGUCUUCUGACUGUGACACUGCUUCCAGUGCUGCUCCAUUUCUGAAGAGUCAAACCUUCAUUUGAAUCAGGCUUAUUUCAAUCAGUCCUUUCUUGAUUGGCACACCUAGAGUAUGCACAAACUGGCCUGCUGACAUAGUUUGACAGAAUUAUUUUUCUGAUUGAUAACAUUCAUGGCCGUCUUGUGAGACUGCCUUUUUCUUGCAAACAUUGAAUCUUUUUAGUAAUUCAGUAUCUGUGGAUAAACACAUUUCUAAUAAUAAUAAUAAUAAGUCCAGUGUGUGAUAACAUUUCUGCUUUUUCCCCACACUAAGCUUGAUUUUGGUGAUUGAAUUGGCAUUGCUAAUAAAUUGAUGGAAAUAUUAUUUUA